GAAUGUUUGUUCAAUAGUUGUAUACUGUAGCAUGUAAUAGCGUAUGAAGUGCCAUGCUACUCGAAAAGAGUGUUUCCGCCUUGUACAUUUUUGGUGAAAGUAUUUUCGCUUAUUCACCCUUUUUUUCCACUUUUUUCAGGUCGGUUGCGUUGGUGAUAGAGGUUACCGUCGCCAAGGUUACCUCAUGCAACAUUUCCACGUCUUAAUUGAACGUCUUCAAGCUAUAUAUGGCACAGAGUACAAAAUCACCCACUACAUUGCAUCGCAGCUACCUUCGGUGAAACCAACCAUUCAAAUAAUUUCUUUGCAAUCACUCCUAGAUCCAGAUUUUGUGAAGAAAAACAUCACUGGAGUGUCCACGUUUUAUGUCGCACCAAAAGACACUCGUAAAACCGACCCUGAAAUGGCCAGAAAGCUUGGCUUGCUAUCCCUUGUGAAACCUGAGAUCCAGCAACAAGUGGACAGUCAGGCACAUAAAUCUAAAUCCAAAUCAGCGAGACUGCGAGAUAUCUCCAAAUAUGGCUCCCGAGAACAAAAUUCAUUCAAGAUGUUAUCGACAUGGAAGAUACCCGGUGCUUACGACCCUACCGCACACACUGCAGCUGCUGAUUUCAUGAUUUCUUUAGCUCAAGAUCCUAAGAAAAUCUCAGAAUUUCAAGAAAAUCCUGGCAAGCUUUCCAAUGAAGCAACUGGUAUAUUACCGUGGCAAACGAAAUACUUAAGUAGUGGUAAUCGCGCAAUGGUUCGACUGGCAGUCAAACCUAACAGCAACAACGCUGCAAGAGCCGCGGCCAUUGAACUGUUGACCAGUAAUUCAUUUUGUAAGUCGUAUGCUGAUGAAAUGAAAAAGUAUGUCCACGACCCAGAUCUUGAUACCAAGCUUACAGCGUUUCUGGAACUUCAUGGCUUUAAAACUACUCCAGAUGCAGUCCAAAAUGCAUUGCAAGAGCUCCGAGAGUCAUCGCUGUUGCCAUGGCGCCAAGUUUACCAUACAUCUGUUGGUAUUCUGGAGAUCCGAUGCAAAAACGCAAACGACAAAGGUCAAGUUAUCUGGAAAGAUGCUCCUAUUCAGAAAUUCAUGUUCAGCUCCAGUACGUUAACUUGGAAUGCAGAUACCGUGAACCAGUCCAGUGCAGUUCUGAAGUUUACAACCGAAGAUGGCUUACCACUCUUCACCGGUAAACUGUGGGACAAGAAUCAGCCGCAACCAGCUUCGCAAAAUAUCAAUGGUGCCAUUGAGAAUUUCAAAUCACCACUUUCUAUUUGGCGGGGCAAUUAUCGCACAACAACUCUGGCCAAAGGAUCUAAACGACAAGGAAUACCCGGUCUUGAGAUGGCAAUUACAUUCAGCAAAACCAACCCCGUGGGUACCGUGGAAUGUGGAGGAAAACCUGUCGCUGAUUUCAAAUUCAAGAACAAGACGCUAUCUUGGGCUUAUGGCGAGAUCACAUUUUUUGCAAGUAAAGCGACUGCCAGCGAACCAUCUGUAGAGAAGUUCUAUGGUUAUAUCUGGAAUGAAGGCGAAAGUAAACCCGCUGGUUAUAAUUUCUGGGGAACUAAAGAUACCACAUUCCUGCAACCUUGGUCCGGAAAAUAUGAAACUUUCAUUGGUCCAGAAGGAAAAACCAAAGAAGGGGAUGAAUUGAUUAUCAACGGUGGCGUGAAUCUAGAGAGCAGUACUGUACAAUAUGAAGGCAAGAAUAUCAAGAAUUUCCAAUUCAACAAUCCUGUUCUAUCAUGGCAAGAUGAUGGAAAAAAUGUCGAGUUUCGUUUUGAGGUGUUCAAAAACAAGAAGCUUGGUUUCGUAGGAAAGAUGUGGUCAACCAACGAUUCCAAACCAUCCAACAACAACUUUGAAGGUCUCUUUGAUUCCAUAUACCUAGAUGCAUGGCUUGGUUGCUAUUACACGAAGAACGGAGCAGGACCGGGUAAAACAACGAACGGGCAACCUUUCUCAAUUGUAAAGCAAGAAAACGACUAUCUUAUUACCUACAACGGAAAUCUUAUCAAAAGUUACCAUUACGAUAGUGCCAAAAGAAGUCUUCAAUGGUCCACAAGUGGAAACAACUCAAACGGGUCCCUGCAGUUCUAUAUUCCACCCCCUGACAAAGAAACAGGUCUUCAUUUCUUUGGAAAGGUGUGGGCUAACGGACAGCCUACUCCCAAUGCAACCAACUUCUGGGGAAGCACAGUACCGUUUCCUGGAGCCGGCAGCUCUGGGAAUGGGGAGCAGCAGUUGGUACAACUUGUUGAAAAUCUCGUCACCAUAGCCCUUAUUGAGUUGCUCAAAUAUGCUUGGAAAAAGUUCAAGAAAUGGUGGAAAUCAAAAACAGACGGAAGCUCCAAGGAAGAACAAGAUAAAUUGAAGAAAGAAUCUGAAGAAGCUGAUGACAAAGCGGAGAAUCAGGAAGAAAAAGUGAAUGAUCAAGAAGCAAAAACAGAUGAACUUGAUCCCGAGGUUGAUCCUUCACCAGAACCACCUAUCCCUCCAGACCCAGCCCCCGAGCCACCAUCCAAUGCUGUGGAAACUGACACGGAUACGACAGAUACCGAUACUACCGACACUGACACCACUGAAACUGACACAGAUACGGAUGUCGAUACAGAUGUCGACGUGGAUACCGAUGUAGAUAUUGUUGUGGAUAUUUGUAGCUUAAUGUAAGUAUAUUUAAAUUUGGGAAGACAGCUUAUUAAGCAAGAUCUCAAAGUAUUUUUUUUAUGGUAGAAAGAACUCUGCGUUUUUAUGGAAAGUCUGGUUUAUCACCUGCAAAAAGUGAGAUGAGCUUGUUCCAUAUGUAAUGUAUGCAUUUGGGCAAGACGAAACAGUUUUAUCUUUCUAAACGAUUAUCACGAAGACAAAAACGUUCUACAGAAUUAAGGGCUAAUUUCAGCAUCCCUCUCCGUUAAUUUAAGUAUCAAAGUCCUUGUAUGUACCUUUAGGCUUUACCGAUUUAAAAGGAAACCUUCAUCAAAUGCUACUUCUACUACUGUUAUACCUUAUUUCUCCUUUAUUUCUAAUGACGGCCCGUAUAUUCUGCUCUUCCUUUCACGCUUGAUUGGAGAGCCCAUACACUUAUUGUUCUUAUUGUUACAGAAUUAAUCAUUAUGAACAUAUAUAUAUAUAUAUAUAUAUAUAUAUAUAUAUAUAUAUAUAUAUAUAUAUAUAUAUAUAUAUAUAUAUAUAUAUAUAUAUAUAUAUAUAUAUAUAUAUAUAUUGUAACCCAGAGGUCGCCGGUUCGAAUCCGACUUAGUCCCAACUUUUCCUGUUCACUAAAAAAUACUUUCCUACGGUGAUUAACAUAUAUAAAAAUUAUAAAUGCCAUAUCGUGAUGAUUAACAUAUAUACGGCUGAAGAAGACAUGUUACUGUCGAAAUGGUAUACCAAUUCGGCAUGGCUUUGGUGAGUGGCCAUGUGGGUGUGCAGGAAUGGUUGUGACUGGUUGGGUUCGAAUAUACCAUCGGGCUGAUAGCUCAGUUGGUAGAGCGAUGGGCUUGUAACCCAGAGGUCGCCGGUUCGAAUCCGACUCAGUCUCAACUUUUCCUGUUCACUAAAAAAUACUGACCUACGGUGAUUAACAUAUAUAAAAAUUAGAAAAGCCAUAUCGUGAUGAUUAACAUUCAUAACAACAAAAAUUAUAAAAGCCAUAUCGUGAUGAUUAACAUAUAUAUAUAUAUAUAUAUAUAUAUAUAUAUAUAUAUAUAUAUAUAUAUAUAUAUAUAUAUAUAUAUAUAUAUAUAUAUAUAUAUAUAUAUAUAUAUGUUAUUUACCGGCUGGGAGGUCCGGAUAGAAAAAUAUUUUGUCGAGGUCUCAAAAACGGGCCGAAGGCCGAGGGACGUUUUUGAGACCGAGACAAAAUAUUUUUCUAUCCGGACCGACCUAAACGGUAAAUAACGUAUUUAUUUUUUUGUCGAAGACUCAGAGGCAAGUGGCAACGGUUUUAUUAGAUUGCGCAUAUAGAAAAAACAAUAAAAUAAUUUUGAUAUUUAAUUAUUUUACUUUAGAAAACAAAUCAUUAAAAUUAUUUCAAAAUUACAUAUUCAUAUUUUUCAGUUUUAAAACAAACAUACAAAAAAUUUUUGCUUUGCUUCGGCCAUUACGUAUAGGAUUCCGGACCGUGGUCAAAUAUCGUAAAAUUCCGCCCGCUGCUGCAGCCAAUCAGAUUGCAGAAAACUCUAGGAUUCCGCCCGCUGCUGAUUUACAAAAAAAUAAAAUGUGUCAUUUCUUUGCAGGUAAGAGAUGAUUAAUGGGACUUCACAAAAGUAUAUUUUGAACUUACUCAUCACCAGUCAAUAUAAACAGCGAACAUUUGUAGAAGAUUUUCAUUUAUUAUUUGACUAAUUAUUGUGAUUACAGCAUGGAUCAUAAAAAUACUGGAUAGGAAACUCACGCAUGAUGUUGUCAGCAUGCUGAUGGUCUCAACCUUAUUGAAAACUAUAUAUGAAUCACUAAAUCCAAAAUAAUUUUACGAUAAUACAGCUGAACAACCAUGCCAUUCUACGAUGAAUAUCAAAAUAUUGUUGUAUGGUCAUUUUCAGAGAACAUAUUAAGCAUUAAACAAUAAAAUACACGUCACAAAUUUCAAAUUUAUCAACAGUAGUUUUUGUGAUGCCAAUUUCCUGGCCACGAAAGUAAAAACCCUAAAACAAAGACAAACAACAUUUACCUCUGAAUGAAACCAUUUUGAAUCUCAAUAUAUAUGGCUACUUGAAUGCGAAAAAUAUAGGAAAAUUAAAGAAAAACGCAGUAAACUUUGCUAUAUUCAUUGUAUUCGUGAUAUCAUGAAUUUCAACUGAGGUCACGUCUGCUAGCGUCAGCUGUUUCCUAUCCAUUCUAUUAACUAUCCAUGGUUAAAGUAUGGCAUGUUUCAUUAAUGAAAAUGAAGAUGAUAGUCAUUAACAAUAGUAUUGUAGACAUACAAAUUUAAUUUGAUCGAGAACCCAAGGUUUGGAGUCAAUUUUAAUUAACUUUACUAUAUAAUCAUUUUUCUGAGACUUUUAAUUUUGCAAACUUUCAUCAUUAUUUUGCAUGCAAUUAUGAAGCAGUUUUUAUCCUAAAUAUAUGAAAUGACUACGAACUGUUACGAUAUUUAAAUAAUUUUAGGCAGUUUUAAGAUCAUUAUGUCUAGUUAGCUAGGUCAACUCUUUGCCCUAGAUUAUAUAAUUAUAUUGACCUUUCUUGAUGUUUAAUUAAGACGAAGCGAGGAUUAUGUACUAUUUACAAGGCUUUGGACGCAUCCAGGUUCAAAUAUUUAUUGUACAAGCUUUCGACCACCAAUCUGCAGUCGACAAGGGAUAUGAUAACAGUUUACAAUAUGCAUGUAUGCAUAUCCGUCGGGGAAGGUACCUCCCCCCUCCCCCAAGUCAAUCAAUUUGCCCUCGCAGUCAAAGU